AUGUGAACUGUCAUUUAAUGAAUUGGGCCUAAGUUGUGUAUAUAUACAGAACAAUGAAUCUAGUCUAUCGAGGCUUAUUAUAGGUUUUGGAAGCCUUAUGCCAAUUCAGAUUUUAGUGUCGAUCCGCCCAUGGUGUUGGAUCGUGACACCGAUGCAGAAUAAUGGCUCGAAUAAAGAAGCAGGUAGUGACCAGUGUGUUAAUUUGUCCUUGGUUGAGCUCGACCUCGAGAAGCAGGACGACCCCGAGUUGUUACAGCAAGAGGCCAGUGGCGGUGUCUUAAUAGGGGAUUCUACUCUUUGUGCUAAUUCCACUAUUCUAACCGUUCUGGUACCUAAUGCUGAGUCUCAUGCGAUUCACGUGGACCCUGCUAAGGAGGAAUUGCCCAGUGUGGAGUCUCCAAAAAAGGGAUACUUGUCGAGGACUGCAAGCUCUCACGAGCAGUGCAGAGUUUGUCAGCAGGAGAAGGAAGAAGUUCUCAUAGAACUAGGAUGCAAAUGCAAAGGCGGUCUUGCAAAAGCCCACUGGUCAUGUAUAGACACUUGGUUUCGUACAAGAGGAUCAAACAAAUGUGAGAUAUGCCAAGAGGUAGCUGCAAAUGUGUCACAUCCAGAAUCUCAGCCAAGCACAAACUACUGGGUGUGGAGGGUUGACCCAAACUUUAGAACACGGGAUCCUGAAAGGGGUUGUUUUAGUCCACUUUGGGUAGCGUUCUCAAUUCUUAUUGGCGGUCUGUUAUUGGAUCUGCUGAUAUCCAUUACCCUUGGGGUUUCUGCCCUGCCUGUUAACAUCAUAAUUGGUGUUAUUGUGGUGCUUGGACUUGGAACUGCGCUUCGGCUAGCCCUGGAAUUCUGCCAUGAAUGGAGUUUCAGAAGAGUAGUUCAAAGGUUGGAUGCUAAUGUGAAUCUUGGUUACCAUCCUGCUUUGUAGGGGAUGGGCAUGUGCCAGCGAGCAGAGCAGAAUUUCAUGAUGGCUACACCUGGUCUAGUUGUGUCUUGUGUGGAAUAAGAAAGUUUAUGGAAAUCUGACAUUUUCUGGUUGUUUCGAGUUAUUAGAUGCUCAAGCUUUCAACUAAAGAAUACUAUUGUUCUCAUUUCUACAUUGCAGAACUUUUUUACUAUUCUCAAUCUUUCACCAAGCACAUUUGCUUAUCAUCUAUACCAUAUUGAAGAACGCUUAUUAAUUUCCUGGUUUUGCAAUGCCUUGUCAAUUUUUUGGAGUCUUUGAAAGAUCGUGUUCUUUCUUGAUUCAUUAUGUGCUUGGUUUUCCAUGGUAAUAAGUGUUAGAAGCUGAAGAUGGCAAUGGAAGAGGAGAUGCGAACUACUAUAGAAGUACAAGUGUUAGAAGCUGAAGAUGGCACUGAAAAAGGAGAUGCAAACUAUUAGAGUAGUCUAGUGCUCUAUAGGACUGCGCAUAAACCUGGAAAGGGAGGAAAAGGUGGAGAGUUGAGAGAGAUGCAAGAUGCUUCGUUGGGCUAGAAAUUUAUAGGGAUACCUGUACAUUAUUAUCUCAAUAAAAUAACUUAUUUAUUUUAAAUCAUUUUAAAAAUCAAA